AUGGCUCCUUCAACGUCAAAUAAGCUGUUCACCCUUGAGGGCAAGGGGCUCAAGCUCGACACGGCCGCAGACGUUGAGCCUCACAUCAAAGAUCUCCGCGCAAAUGAUGUUGAGGAGGUCAGGCUCCUCGGCAACACCUUGGGUGUAGAAGCAUGCAAGGCCAUUGGAGAAGUCCUAUCCACCAAGAAGAAUCUAAAGGUUGCCAACUUUGCCGACAUUUUCACCGGUCGGUUAUUGACCGAAAUCCCGGAAGCCCUUUCUUCACUCCUCACGUCGAUUCUUAAUCAUCCCAAACUUCGCACCAUCAAUCUGAACGACAACGCCUUCGGCCUCAACACGCAAGCCCCUCUGGUUGCUUUCCUCGCGGCUCAUGUCCCCCUCCAGCACUUGUACCUCAACAACAACGGUCUAGGCCCUCACGCCGGUAUCCUCAUUGCCGAUGCUCUUUCGGAGCUCCAUGCCAGGAAGGACGCUGCCCGCAAGGAAGGCGCCGAGGUUCCCGACUUGGAGACGGUGAUUUGUGGGCGAAACCGAUUGGAGAACGGCAGCAUGACGGCCUGGGCCAAGGCUUACAAGCUUCACAACAAGAUCAAGGAAAUCAAAAUGGUCCAGAAUGGCAUUCGUCAAGAGGGCAUCUCCCACCUCAUCAGCGAGGGCUUGAACCACGCUACCGAGCUCAGGGUGCUAGAUCUUCAGGAUAACACCUUCACUUUGAAGGGCGCCAAAGCUCUUGCCAAGGCCGUCACCAAUUGGGCUGUCAUUCAAGAGCUUGGUAUUGGCGAUUCGCUCCUCAGCGCCAAGGGCGCUCUCCUUCUUGCCGAGUCUCUCUCGCGGGGCGAUAAUCAAAGGCUCGAGAUCUUGCGUCUUCAGUACAAUGAUAUCACCGCUCCGGGAGUCAAAAGCCUGGUUGCUGCCGUUGAGGAGGGUCUGCCUGCCCUGAAGCGGAUUGAACUGAAUGGCAACAAGUUCACGGAAGAUGACGAGUCUAUUCUUGCCCUUCGGGAGCUUCUUGAGCAGCGAAAGGAGAAGCUUGCCGGAGAUUUGGUCAAUGGAGAUGAAUGGGGUGUGGACAGUCUGAGCGACCUCGAGGAACUGGAUAGUGAGGAAGAGGAGUAUGGUGAGGAAGAAGACGAAGGUGUCACUACAGAGGAACUCGCCGAGAAGUUGAUCACAGAGGCCAAGGAAGCUCAGGAGGAACCCGUCGUCCAGCUCAAAGAAAAGGACGUUGAUGCCCUUGCCGAGAAACUGGAAAAGACCAAGGUUUGA